CUGCAUUUAGAGCAAUUAUAAAAUAAGUUAACCUUGUUUUGCAUUGUUAUAGAUCUGUGUAUGGAGUUCUGAUGGAUGGGAAAAGCAAAAGACUAGAUUGUUACAAGUGCCAGCUGGAAGGCCAGCGACAGCACAGUCAGACACGCGUGUGCAAUUUCACCAGGACCAGAUACACUUCCUAGUUGUACAUGAAACUCAGCUCGCAAUAUAUGAAACGACAAAACUUGAAUGUGUAAAGCAGGUAGAUUUAAAAUCUGUUAGCUUACAUUUGGUAAAACCUGCUGCUACCAUAUGUUUCUCAAUUCUGGGUUUUUUCUUUUGUUUCUCAGUGGCUCCCACGUGAACCUUCUGCACCGAUAUCUCAUGCAACAUUCUCAUGUGAUAGUCAGCUGGUAUAUGCCAGCUUUUUGGAUGCCACUGUUUGUGUGUUUACUGCUGCAAAUCUCAGACUACGCUGUCGAAUCAAUCCUUCAGCUUAUCUUCCAGCAAAUGUCAGGUAUUAAUCAUGCUCUGAGUGUGUUUGGUUGUUUAUCCUCGGUAAACAGACUUGCAUCUAUUUUAUGUCAUUAGCUUCAAGUGCUGCACUCUCUAUUCAAUUAUCAGAUUCCUUCGUCUUCAUCUCAUUUGAUGAUCUAUUGCUUCGUGAUUGACAACUUCUACUGUUUUUAACAUUUGUCCUCAUCAUGCCGUGAAAAAUUAGUGAUGAAGGAACAUUAUAUCGAUUUUGAUUUUUUGCUGCUAUCGACUAGUAUUGACACUUCAGGGGUGUUGAACAAUGCAGUGUUCCUAAUGUGCACCCACUUGUAAUCGCUGCCCACCCACAAGAGCCAAAUCAGUUUGCAAUUGGUCUAUCGGAUGGUGGGGUGCAUGUCUUUGAACCUGUGGAAUCUGAAGGCAAAUGGGGCGUACCUCCACCAGCAGAGAAUGGGUCAGCAAGCAGCGUUCCAGCUAGUACCCCCUCAGUCGGGGGUGCUUCAGGUUCGGAACAAGCCCAGCAGAGAUGAGAGCAUAGAUCGCCACAGCAACAUGUUCUUUUACAUGCUUGGCUUGCUGCCCUAUUCUUAGUUUAGGUAAGUAAAUGCCGAGCAGCAGUUGGUCGAUAUUUAGGGGGUACCCCAGGACUGCAACCAUAUAACAUAAACCCAAAGAAAGUAACUUGGAAAACAAUUAGGUUUAGGCAGGCUUCCCUUUCCAACUUUGUCUUAUGUCACUGCUGGUGCUGCCUUAUUUACUUUCUUUCUUUUGGUUGUUUCAUGCAGUCUGAGAGGGUACUUGACUUUGUAAUUUUACUGAAGCAACGAUAACUCUCUCGUAAGGAAGUUGAUGUAGAUUUUUAGCUUAUGCUAUGUCAGAAUACCAGUUGUUAAGGUAAAUGCUGUAGGUUGGUAGUGGUAGUAGCUAGAAGAAUGUUACUCUUUUGGCAGGUUGAGAAAGAUUUAUGAGUAAGGUUGAAUUUCUUCCCCCUUGAUCUUGUGUUUAGUUUGAUUGAAUAGCAUGAGAUAUGCUAUUUUCUCUUGUUUUCCCACCAAAAAUGUUGUUUUGAAUACUGCCCAUAGUAUCCGUGGCACUCUUCUACGUAGCAUGGUAAUGCUUUCUAGUUUCUUGUCACUAUUCAGGGAACGGAUCAUGUCAAUAACGUUAUGGUGAGUAACCAUAAGUAACCCAUCCACAUCAGUAGGGGUGGAAGUUUGGUAUCAUUAUUUGGGAUAUAUUGAAUACCAUACCGAAUUUGUCUAUAUUUGGUAUUACCGAAUACACGGAUUAUUUCUUGGGAUUGGGAUUGAAUUUCAAUUGUAAUUCGGUAUUAAGGAUUACGAGAUUGGGAUCGGUAUAUACCGAAAUACCGAUCAAUACCGAAAUAUAAGCUAGUGUGUAUAUUAUCCACUCAACUAGACUCUCUCAUUCACUAACUAUGCGACCCUCAAUCACCAAGAGUGUCAUUUAAUUUUACAUAUAUCAUUUUAUCUUUGUUUCACAACUCAAAAGUCUCCAUCCAACUCAAUUUUGACUUUCCAAUUUAAGUCACUCUCACCUAAUAAUUUGUUAUUUUCAUAACACCAAAAAGCAAACACUAGUAUUAGUCGUCUCUUAGCUUUCAAUUCAUCAAAUUAAAGAUAACCAAUGACAAGAACUUGAGAUGUCACCUCCCUUUCAUUCUUUUUAUCCAUAUCCUAGCUCUAGGCAAACUCAAGACUCUUUGCUUAGUCUCUUUGCCCUAAAUUAAAUAAUAAAAUCUAAUUUAUAUAUUUUAUUAUUUAUUUCAAAUGUAAUUUAUUUCGUAUUCGAUAAUACCGAUUGGAAUACCGAAGUACCGAUUGGGAUAACGGAAUAAUUUGAGAUGAGAUUGGGAUACCGAAAUUAUUUAGGGAUUGGGAUUGGGAUUGACUUUCGGGCAUAAUUCGAUAUUUCGGUAUUUGGUAUUGGGAUACCGAUACCGUACCGAUUUCCACCCCUACACAUCAGCAUGACAUCAACAUUACUCUCCUGGAAUGCCUUUAAUUUUCCCCUCAAUUUUUGACGGACGAUUUAUCACUCGUUUUAAGUCAAAAUUUAAUUUUUUUCCACAGUUAGAUCAGAUUAAUUGUGCUCUUUAAAAUGAUAUCCAUUUUGAUAUAUUUUUUGAACAAAAAAAUUGAGCUAUUUUUUACCAUUCAAUACCAUAUGGUAUUGACUGGUAUUGAAAUAAGAGCAUACCUAUGGUUUGAAAAGGGUAUCAUGAUGGUAUGAACAAACCAAGACUGUAGGAUGGUUGAAUACAUGAUAGUAGAAGUAUAUUAACUGUCAUUUACGACUUUUAACAUUGUGUACUACAAGAUACCACCUCGUACCAGGGUGGUAUUGUAUGGUAUUGUGUGGUAUUUUUUGUCUUGUAAUUUGUUCGCCCAGAAAUUUGUAGAUCCAAUAGAUCAUGAUGAACUCGUCCCUUCUGUGCAAACGUUUUCAAAAACGAAUUAAAAACAAAGAAAAUACCAUAUGGUAUGCAGUUGGUACCGAGAGGCCAUAAUUUUUUUUCUAAAAAAAUAUUGAAAAUUGAUCUCAUUUUGUAGAGCACGAUGAACUCGUUCCAUAUGUGCAAAAAAAAAAUUCGAGUUAAAACUAAAAAGAUAUGAGCUGAUUAAGAAAGCUAGGAAAAAUAAAAAUGGUAUUUAAUUCUCCAUUCUUAGAUCUGGAUUUUCUAAAUGAAUGGUCCAGAUUUGGUUAUGCACCAUAUCUUAAGCCCACUAGUCAGGCACUCGUGUACCAUCUAGUUUGAUCGCGAGGUCCAAGCUACCUUCUCUCGAGCCGAUUAGAUACAGCUACGAGUCCUUUUCGUUAAAGAAACGACCUUUAUUUUCCAAGGGAUCAAUGCGAGAGUAAAACUAUUAACCAUCAGAUAAGAUUUUAGCAAACCUACCUAUGGGUCAGAGAUGAGGGCGAUGCACGUACUAUUGAGUAAGAAAAGCUUUUUUUCAAUUUGGAUCUCGACUGCAAUUAAUAAAAGAACGAGUAUGCAACAAAAGCAUAGGGAAAAGACGGAAGAAUGUAACCUCUUGCUAUGUCGAUAAUGAGGCCACUUUUGUUCUCAUUGAUGAAAAGUGAGAUUUCGUUGUCUUUCUAUUGAACUUCGAGCAAUAGAGAGCCGAAUACGAAAAAUCAAAUACGAACAAAGAAUUGUACCCAUAUGUGACCUAAAACAACCUAAAGAUUAAUGAAAAAUUAUUCAAAAUUUUUUUAAAAAAUGAUGGGAAAAUUGAAUACAAACAAAAAGGUCGACUCAAUAAAAAAAAACGAUAAACUAAAUGAAAGAUAAGGAAAAAAGAGUCAUUAACAGGUUUACAUAUAUGAACCAGAACAAUCUAAAGCUUGAAUGAAAAAAAAUGGCUAAAAAAAAAAAAACUAACUGGCCUUAUUGCCGUGUGGGGUAAAAACCCCCAAAUACCAAAACUCUCAAAGUUGAUGAAAUUACAACCUUACUGCUUAACGAAUAGUAACAAAAAGAACCAUGACUUUUCGGUUAUUUUACAUCCUCUAUAUUUUUCAUAUAAUUUUUUUUUUUAAAAAACCUAUAUGUUUCAUAUCAUUGUAAGUUGUAAUACAUUUUUUUAGAAUAA